CUUGCUAAAAAUAGGCGGAAAUGUCGCGUGCGUUCGCUGCCGCUUCAGUCCUUGGCCGGCUUUCCACGCUCACGCGCUCCAAAUGGCAGGCCUCAAGUCCGGCUUUAACACUGUUAACAGUAGCCUGCGAUGCAACCUCCGGGAUUACAGUUAACGCUGCUUCCCUUAUUCAGCGGGAAAUGGGCUUGCACUCGUUCGUCACUUCUGCUUGCAUCAAGGCUUCGCCAGCAACUCCAUCCUCGACGGUGUCAGCUGAGGAGACACGUCAAGCUUGGCGUCCUGGCCAGGUUGAAUCGGCAGCUGCCGAGGCCUCAGAUGGUCACGUGACAACGACUCGGAGUGGGGUUCUACCAGAGAUGGAUGAGGUGGUCAAGACUCUCGAGGACAUGGGACUCCAGCCGGGCCGUAACUGCGUUGUUGGAGAUGGGGUUGCCGUAGUGGACGUGGGGCUUUACCUGCAGGGAGUAAAGGUGGCGCUGCAAAUGGAGGAGAACCGCCCCUCGGAAGCGGACUCCAAGUCCUACGCCCAGUUGCGCACCACGCACACGAUGCUACAGGCUCACGGAUGGCACCUGGCGGUUCUUGUGGCCUCCGACUGGCGGCUGCUGGACAGCGAGCAGAAGCCCAACUACCUUGCCUUCUGCAUCAACCAUGCGGUUGGCGGGGGCCACAAGCACGGACAAGGCUGCUGCGGCGGCGCGCACAAGCAGGGUGGCUGCGGUGGAGAGCACAAGCACGAGCAUGGGGGCUGCGGAAGUGCGCACAAGCACGAGCACGGUGGUUGUGGCGGAGAGCACAAGCACGAGCACGGUGGUUGUGGCGGAGAGCACAAGCACGGGCAUGGGGGCUGCGGAGGCGCUCACAAGCACGAGCCGGGCCACAAGUGCAAGGGCGAUGGAUCUUGCGGGAACCACCGUCACUAAGGGUGUUGCAAGGGUGACGUGUAGUGGCUUGAAUGCAGCAAGGGUGACCUGUGACGAGAUAAUAUCCAAGGUGGGGGCGCCCAUAGUUUAAAUUAUAUAUGGACUAGCUGUCCCGACCUUAUGCAAGGCCAUAUUGUAAGCACGACCAGUGCCUAUGCCCAUUGCUCCGUACACCGAACAAUUCCCA